CUCCCUCUCACUCCCCCACUCCACACUCCAAAAAGUAGCCUAAAAAAAAGAAAGAAAAAAACUCGUUCCGAAAGAGAGCGCGAUUCAGUUACGAACCAUGUCGCCGCAGAAGCAACGGCGGAGCUUCCCGUCGAUCUCGGCUUGCAACGCGAGCGAAACAGCAUCGUACAAGUUGAUCGCGGCGGACCUGGAAGGGACGCUGCUCAUCUCCCGGAGCUCAUUCCCUUCAUGCUGGUGGCCAUCGAAGCCUGCAGUCUCCUCCGCGGCCUCGUCCUCCUCCUAUCCUUCCCCCUCGUCAUCGUCUCCUACUUCUUCUUCUCCGAAGCCCUCGGCAUCAAGAUUCUUAUCUUCAUUUCCUUCUCCGGCCUCAAAAUCCGCGACAUCGAGCUCACCUCUCGCGCCGUCCUCCCCAGGUUCUAUGCGGCGGAUGUGAGGGCGGAGAGCUUCGAGGUGUUUGACAAGUGCAAGAGGAAGGUGGUGGUGAUGGCGAAUCCGACAGUGAUGGUGGAGCCGUUCGCGAAGAAUUUUCUGGGCGGGGACAUGGUGCUGGGGACGGAGAUCGAAGUGAAUACGAAGACGAAGAAGGCGACCGGGUUUGUGAAGUUUUGGUGGGGAAAUUGAAGCGUUUGGUGGUUCUGAAGGAGUUCGGCGACGAAGCGCCGGAUCUCGGGAUCGGCGAUCGGAGCUCCGAUCAUGACUACAUGUCACUUUGCAAGGUUCGAUACUUCACAAUUUUAUCUAAUUAUUUGAUACUUUUGUUGUAGUAAAAUUUCAUGCGACCCAUAAUCUUAACUAGGGGUGGUUUUGGUACAUUACGGUACCAAAACCUCUAUACCAAUUACUAUACUAAAUAUUUGGAACGGUAAAAUCUAUUACUAUUAUCAUACCAAACUUUUGGUAUACCAAAUAUCGGUAUAACAAAUAAUUUGGUUGUUAUGA